GGAGGUGAGCGCUCACGUGACACACAGAAAAACAGGUGUAGUGCACGAGGAAAGUGUUGGAGCAUGGGGGCUUAGCUGAGAUGGCAAUGCGUACAGUGCCGAUUUUCACCGAUUGUUAUUGUUUUUAGUGUUUUGUUUUUUAAAAAAUAAUACAGCUUAGGUGUCACGGGACGUGAACGCGGGUCGGUCAUGAAACUGUAGCUUAAUGUGUUUUUAAUGGGAUUUACAUUUUUUUGGUAGAAACUAUUACUUUAAAAACGUUAAAAUACAACAUUGUAUCCGCAUAAUGUGUCAAAAGGCUAUAUUUUAUAGUCGCAUGAAUGCGUUCCGUCGUCGGUUGCAUUAUUGAUGACGCGUGUGCAAACUGGAAUUACAAGUUUUGCGCUCUUGUUUAAUCGUUACUGCCAAGAGAAACGACUGGGCUGGGUUGCGUUUUGCGCAAUAAAGACAAGAAGUAAACCAGAAACUAAUCGAACUAUCGGACAGCUAAAGCACAAGUUCGACUGUCCAGUAACGGACGACCUGUCCUGACUUCGCGCGAUCGGCGGCAUCAAGCUCGCCUGCUGGAUAUAUUAUUCCUCGAAGCGAAGUUGAGAUCGCACUGAACAGGACCGAGCUUGGAAAACCUAUACAGUAGCACCGAGUACACCUGAGCUGCGCUAAGCUGUGACCAGUUGUGCCGGACUGGAGCUUGCGGGCCGGCGAGGCAUGGCGAGUCGUAUAUGGGGAACGGGGCUCUUGCUUCUAACUAUCCGGUGUUUCGUGCUGAGUGUGAGGGGGGAGUUUUUGGAACCCCCUCCCUCCUUCUCCCUGCGCUCCAUCGCUGAGGAGCAGACCCGGCUGCCCUGCCGCUUCCGGGUCCAGGAUGAGCAGGUGGUGCAGGUGACCUGGUUCAGGGAGCGGCCCGACGGAACCAAGGAGCAGCUCAUCACCGCCCAUCAUGUACAGGGCCAGCCAGGGUUUGGGAAGUUUGCUGACCACCUGCAUUUCGAGAGCAGCGACCCCAUGGCGGACUCCACGCUGAUCAUCCGGAGCACGGAGGUGUCGGACGAGGGGAUGUACACGUGCCACAUCUCCACCUUCCCCUCCGGAAACUUCGAGAGACAGCUGUCACUCACCGUCUGGACCACGCCCAUCUCCUCGCUGGAUCCGGUGGAGAUGGUGGAGGGGGAGUCCUUCCGCGUGGCCGCCACCUGCCGCUCGGUGGCCCGCCCCCCGCCCCGCCUCUCCUGGGACACCGAGCUGCCCGGCCAAUCGCAGAACCGCAGCUCCGAGAGCGGGGCCGUCACCGCCCACUUCUCCCUGCACCCCUUGCGCAGCAUGAACGGCCGGUCGCUGGACUGCCUGGUGUGGCACCCCGCCCUGGACAAGCCCCGCAGGAUCGCCAACCGCCUGGUGGUGCUCUAUCCCCCAAACCCCACAGUCAGAGGGAAUGAUGGUACCUGGGUGGUGGGGCUGCAGGGAGCCUCACUCCGGUGUGACAGCGGAGGGAACCCCCAACCACACAGCUUCACCUGGUCCAGGAGGGGCGCGGCCUUGCCUGAAGACGUGAUCGUGGAGGGCGGGACUCUGCGGUUCGGCCGACCCCUCGCCCCGACUGACGGGGGCGUGUACGAGUGCGAGGCCAGGAACAGCGUGGGCGCAGUGAAGGCCGAUACCGAAAUCCUGUUAGAGAGCGGACAACGGCAGGAGGCCUCUGUCAAUAAUCUGUGGCCCCUAUUGGGCGGGGCUGCCGGGGCAUUGGUGAUUGUCCUGGUGAUCUCCAUGGCGAUAUUGACCUGCUACCACAAGCGCAAGAACAGAAAGCUGGAGAAGGAGCUUAAUGAGAAGAUGGAGGAAUUCAGCACUCUGUCCAGACAAGCCUCUAUCAGGAGAUUCGACUCAAUCAACACUGACCCUCGAAUACCGAUUGAUGACAAUAUUCCUCUCCCACCUGAAAGCCAUACAAGGACCAGUAUGUCCUCUCUCUCGGGCCCCUCCGGUAAGAGGGACAGUCACUCCACCCUCUCCAUGGGGAGGGCAGAACGGCCCCCUCUGUACAGCUCCAUGCGCCGCGCCGAGAGGGACGCCUUCACACAGAACGCCUUCACACAGAACGCCCCGAACGCAAUGGACAUUGGGCCCUCUGCCAGCCAGAACCCCUCCCCCUUGCCCAUGGGCCCCGGCUCAGUGUCCGUGAGCCCUGCGCCCCCCCCUCUCAAGAUGGCGUACAGUAGCGCGUGGGGCGGGUCGCCCACCCCGCCCGAGGACGAGGAAGAGGAGGAGGAGGAAGAGCAGACCAGCAGCCUGCAUAUUUCCGAGGCAGUGUCACACUACUUCCACUACAGCAACGGAGUCCUGCACCCCAAACGCCAGCCUCACGCCAUCCUGCUCCACCCGAGGGGCCAGAUCAUAUAGAGCACUACAACCCCCAUCCUCCUCCAGCCAAAACCAGCAGCCAAUCAGCAUCCUCCACCUCAAAACCAGCAGCCAAUCAGUAUCCUCUACCCACAAACCAGCAGCCAAUCAGCAUCCUCUACCCACAAACCAGCAGCCAAUCAGCAUCCUCCAUCCCCAUACCCAACAGCCAAUAAGCAUCCUCCGACCCCAAGCCCAACAGCCAGUAAUCAUCCUCCGCCCGCAAACCCAACAGAAUUGUGGGAAUUGUGUGCAACACACUCCACGUGACUGGCGUUAUCGGCAGAUCUGAACGAGCGAUGGAGCUCUUUGGCACAGGAAGGAGAGGGGGAGAGCUGGCUUCUUUUGAAAACACAACUGUCAGCGACAUUUCACUUAGUGUAGCCUUAAUUUUACCAAAUUUAACAGGACUUUUUUAAAAAGAAGCCCAGAUUCAUGUAUAAUGCGGGCAGUUCACACAGCGAAAUGAGAGUCGGCGAAGUGUCACUUUCACAUUUAAAAGAAAAAGUAAUGAAUACAAAGUAUAGUGUGUUGCUUACAGAAAUAAACAACUAACGUAGGCUCACUGCAUUCUGAACAAAACGUGCAGGCAGACAUUGACGUCCCUCCGAUGGCAGUUUUUCUCCUGAUGACCGGGGUUUAUGACUGUGGUUGUUCAUUGGCUCUCAGAGGCACUGAAACACUUUGAUUGACGUGAACUGGACCAAUAAUCACUGAGACGAGGACAAGGCAACUCCACGACUUCUCCUGCGUUCGGAAUACCUUGCUAUUAACUGACGGUGUUACAGACAUGUCAACCUUCACGUUCGGAAUACCAUGAGUCCGUGUUAAAUACAACAA